UCCAGUUGACGGGACGUCUGUGAUGGAUGUGGAGGACUCGUGCAAAAUAGAGCAAAUGUCUCUGAUCACAUCGUGGCCAGGAAAUUGACUCAAAUAUUUCCUGUACAGACCUGCGCAAUGUAUUCUUAUCUGGUUUUGAGGUUCGAUGGGUCAUUCCCGGAGACGACUUAUCUCUCCCGGCAUAUAUAGCUACUCUAAUUCCUCAAGUUGGAUGGUCGCUCUUCGCACUCUGGCAUGUACUCCUAACUGUAUUAGGCACUCCAUUUGUUGUUGUGUUUUUUUAUAUAUAAAUGGCGAAGGAGACAUUUGUCAAUGUAUGAUGCCAUUGAAGAAUUCCUUCAAAAGCACAAUAACCUUAUGACAAUAAGAUAUUCUUUCUUGGAAAUUAAGAAGAUGACAAAGAAUUUUAAGGAAAAAUUGGGUCAAGGAGGCUAUGGCACAGUAUUUAAAGGAACUCUUAGAAGCGGACGUCAUGUAGCUGUAAAAAUGCUAGGCAAGUCCAAAGCAAACGGACAAGAAUUUACCAAUGAAGUGGCAACCAUUGGAAGGAUUCAUCAUAUUAAUGUAGUUCAACUAAUUGGUUUUUGCUUUCAUGGAUCAAAGCGUGCUCUUGUAUACAAGUUCAUGCCACAUGGGUCUCUAAACAAUUACAUCUUUUCCUUGGAAGAAAGUGUCCUCCUAAGCUGUGAGAAAACAUAUAAUAUUGCUCUAGGGGAGGCUCGUGGAAUUGAAUAUUUACAUCAAGGAUGUGACAUGCAAAUUGUUCAUUUCGACAUCAAACCUCACAACAUCCUUCUUGACAAGAACUUUAUCCCUAAGGUUUCUGACUUUGCCUUAGCAAAAUUGUACCCAAUAGAAAACAAUACUAUUUCUUUGACCACUGCAAGAGGGACAUUGGGAUAUAUGGCUCCUGAGUUGUUCUACAAAAAUAUUGGAGGUAUUUCAUACAAGGCCGAUGUUUAUAGUUUUGGAAUGCUCUUGAUGGAAAUGGUGGGUAAAAGAAAGAACAUAAAUGCGUUUGCAGAACAUUCAAGCCAGAUUUACUUUUCUACAUGGGUGUAUGAUCAAUUCAACGAUGGGAAAGAUAUUGAUCAAAUGGAACGUGUCACUGAAGAGGAAAAAGAGAUAGUUAAGAAGAUGAUCAUUGUUGCAUUAUGUUGUAUACAAAUGAAUCCUUGGAAUCGUCCUUCUAUGAGCAGAGUUGUAGAAAUGCUUGAAGGAGAAGCUGAACAAUUACAGAUACCUCCCAAGGCUCCCCUUUCAUCGCUAGAGAGAGUGAUAACAGAAUGUGAAGAUCAUAUUUCAAGUCAAACUUGAACAUCAACUUCAUGAAGAAAAAGCUAGCAUCCAAAUUUUAAUGCGGACACAGGCAUCUGUUUUCUCCUAUUUGGUAGAAUAUAGUAGAUAUAUAUACUUCCUAUUAUAACCGUAAAUGAUUAUGACCUUUUUCAUAUUUAACCAGUAAGUUUCACUUUAUAAAGAAAAAGCUAUCCUUCAAGAAUU